AUGGCGGACUACGGGCAAUGGUUCGCCAUCGCCGACGUCGACCGAGACGGGAAAGUCUCCGGCGCGGAGGCGGUCGCGUUCUUCACGCGCGCUGGCUUGACGCAACAAUCGCUCGCGCAGCUCUGGCAACUGAGCGAUAACCCGGCGCGCGGGUUCCUCGAGCGCAAGCAGUUCGAUAUCGCGAUGCAGCUCAUCACGGUCGCGCAGGGCGGCGGCGAGCUGAACGCGCAGGCGUACAACAGAAUCGCCGGGGGGUUCAUGAGCCUCCCUCCGCCGCGAAUUCAGGGUUUAUCCGAGGGUCAGCCCCCUCCCUCGGCGAACGUCGGGGGCGGAACGAUGACGCUGGGUGGAGCCGCCUCGGGAGGUCCGCCGUCGUAUCAACAACAGCAGCAACCGCCGCAGAUGAUGGGGGGAGGUUUCGGCGGCGGCGGGAACGCGGGGGGCUCGUUGAAGAGCAGCUACGACCUCGCUCCGGGCAUGAUGUCGGCCGCGGCGGCGAACGACGCGCCGUGGCCGCCUAUGUCCGCAGCGGACCAGGAGAGGUACCGCGCUCGGUUCGCGCAAGCGGACACCGACGGCGACGGGAAGCUCUCCGGAGGCGAGACCGUGCCUAUAUUGAUAUCCUUAGACGCCCCGAAGGAGUCGCUGAAGGACAUAUGGGCGCUCGCUGACGCGGACGAGGACGGGUCGCUGACGUGGCAGGAGUUUGUCGUCGGGAUGUAUCUCACGGAACGCGCGAGGGAAGGAAGGAAGCCGCCUUCAAGCUUACCCCCCGGGCCUUUUCCUCCGAUGCAGCCGCAGCAACAGCAGCAGCAGUACCAACCGCAGCAGCAAUAUCAGUCGCAGCAGCAAUAUCAGUCGCAGCAGCAGCAAUACGAGCCGCAGCAGCGACAGCAAGCUCCGGGCCACAACAGGAUGCCCAGCGGGGACGCGUUCGGCGGGUUCGGACUGACGAGCGGCGGCCCCGGUCCCGGUCCCGGGCCGCAGUCCACGACCGCGGCGCCGAGCGGCGGCGAGUACGCCUUCCGCGGCCCGGGGGAGCUGGACCUCACCGGUGCGCCCGGUCCUGAGGUGGACCGCGUGAAAGCCGCGCGCGAGGAAGCCGAGGCGAAGGACAAGGCGCUGUGGGAGAAGGAACGCGCGGCGGAGAAGGCAAAAGUCGACUCCGCGCAACUGACGCAGAAGCUCCAAGACCUCGUCCUGUUCCAGCGCCGGUGCGAGGCGAACCUACCGGACGUGACCGACAGAGCGGAGGCGGCCGAACGCGAGGUCGCGGCGCUGCGCGCGCGCGUGGAUCAGAUGGCCGCGGCGGUCGAGCAGGCGUCGCGGGGCGUCGACUCCGGGAACGCGCGCGCGGGCUCGGCGGAGGCGGAGAUGCAGCAGCUCACGCGACGCAUGGACGAACUCCGAGCGGAGCAGGCGUCGAUCGCGAGCGGCGACGGAAGCACGUCUCAAGCGGCGCUGCAGGCGGAGCUGCAGACGAUGCGCGCGCGCGUGUCCGAAGCGGAGGCGGCGCUGCAGCCGCACCGCGUGGAUCACGCCGCGCUGCCGGAGAUUUUACGACGCGUCGCGGAGGCGCACGACGGCGUGCUUCGCAGAGCGCAAGAUCUCGGGGUGAAACCGCCGUCGCCGCCGCCGUCGCUCGCGGCCGCGCUGGGCGCGGGGGGUGGGGGGCUCCCCGCGGACUUGCCGACGUGGGGCGAGUGGGCGGAUCUCGAGGACGAGGGUUUCGAGACGGUGCAACUCGCGUGGGGCUCUUGGGCUCGCGAGCACCAGGCGAAGCCGGUGCCGCCGCCGGCGGCGAAGCCCCCCGCGCUGGCGAGCGACUUCGCCGUGGCGACGCCCGCGCCGGCGCCGGCGCCGGCGCCGCAGACGGGAGGUGGCUUUGGCGACUUUGGGCAGUCCCCGCCUCAGGGUUUCGGCGGCGACUUCAACGCCGCGACGCCGCAGCAGCAGCAACCGGCCGCCAGCGGCGACGGCGGGUGGUCUAACUUUUAG